GGCCCCUCCCGGGAGCUGCCGCACCAACAGCGCCACAACACCGGCCGAUCCAGCAAUAAGUACAAUAAGUAACCAUGAAUGAGGUGCUGGAGACCCUGAAGAAGAUCGAGGACAAGUACAAGCUGUUCCAGCAGCAGCAGUUCACCUUCAUCAAAGCCCUGGAGCGCACCCGGGAGGAAGCCCAUGACAUGAUCAGACCUGUGUCAUCCAUUGUCCAGGUGCAGUGCUACAAGGACCAUCACUGCUUCAACGCCACAGACAGGCGCGUCCUCAACAUGUUCGUGUCCCUGUGCAACGAGCUGCGCUGCCUGAGCCAGAAGAUGGAGAGGGCGCACGCUGGGGACAGCGUCACCCACGGCCUUUUGGAGAAGUGCAAAUUGCUCCUGAACGACAGCAACGACCUCACUGCCCUUCGAGCCACGUACCCCCACAGGGUUGUGAACUUCCUGAGCGUAGAGGAAUCAAAGCAUCGCUAUGGAGGGGUGGUGAGCUUGCUGCCCAUCGUCCUGGACACCAUGAGGGCCUGGGUCACACACUCCAAGAAGUACCUGAUCCCCAAUGAGAAAGAGUGUGAGAGGUGCAAGUAUGAAGACCCACGUUUAGGAAAGAAAGCCCCUUGGAUCCCACCAGGGAACACCUCCUGUUAGAGGAUCAGAGCUCCUGCGUUGUCUGCUCACCACCUUUUAGCACCUGGCUGAUCUAAUACAGUGCAAUCAACACCAGAGAACCGUCCUGAGCCCACUUUCUGCAGCCAGCCCAGCACACAAGCAUUGCCUCUCCCUUGCUGAUGUUUGCACUCUGCUCCUCACAUCCCCACAGAAGCAGCUGCAGCUGCUCCCUGGGGCCAGCACUGCAGUGGGAGCAGGGACCAGUCAAGACUCAUCAGGUUCUAGUCUCUCACACAUGAAUCUUGGACAAAUCAUUUGAAACAGGAUUUUACAUUUUCUGAGCCUUCUUCCUGAGGAACAUCCCCUCGUUGCUGCAGCUAUGGGGUGAAGAAGCUGCCUGUGUGAAGGAUGGGAUACAGAGCAGCAAUGGCUUGGCAUUACAGAUUCAUACACGUCCCUGACAUUUAAACUUGUCUCUAAAGCUCCCUCAGCCCCACAGAAACAGUUUGG